AGGAAGUGGGAGAGCGGCGGCUGCGUACUGCGCGCCCCGGGGACUUUGCCGCUGGCUCGCCUAGCGCGGCUCCCGGCCCCCGGCCCCCCGCCCCCCUGCCAGCCUCUCGACCUGCUGCCACGGCCGCUGGGUGGGCUGCUGACUUGGGACGCCCACAAAGCCAGAAGCAAGUUGGAGCCCUGCCAGGCCGCCUAUGCCAUGGAUUCCAAGGUCAGCAACGGUUCAGGCCUCCAGGAUGAGCGCAUCACAAACUUGCUGGUGUUUGGCUUCCUCCAAAACUGCUCCAACUCUAAUUUCCACAAAGAGUUGGAGGUGCUGGGCCGUGAACUGCCCAUGCCGGCUUACCUGCAGGAGGACCACGAUGAUGGGCUGCAGACAGAUGGCAACCGCUGCAGCUACUUCCUGGCAAGUGGGGAGAGAGAUUCUCAGGGUCAAGAAGAAAUCAUCCAGGAUAUCGCCAGGCAGCUCGCCGUAAUAGGGGACAAUAUGGAUCGCAGCAUCCACCCAGGACUGGUGAAUAACCUGGCAAUGCAGUUUAUGAAUGUGAACCUGUCAGAAGAAGACAGAAGGAGGUACCUCGUCACUGCGCUGGAGCGGAUCAUGAAGACUUACCCUACAGACAUGGAGGAGGAGAAGACCAUGCUGAUGUUGGCCAUGCUCUUGGCCAAAAAGGUGGCCGAUCACACACCAUCCUUGCUCCGUGAUGUCUUUCGCACAACAGUGAACUUUAUUAACCAGAACCUAUUCACCUAUGUGAGGAACUUAGUCAGAAAUGAGAUGGACUGAGUGGACACCUCUGCCAAGGCACGACUGGUUAGAACUUGAUACGGUGACGACAGUCCAGCUGCCUGCCGCUGAGCUGGAGCCAUGGCAUUUAAACAAAGCUCGUAGGAAAGAUAGGCUGAGAUCAUAGCUAUUUAUUUCUAUUGUGAAGAUGAUGUUCUAAGCCGGUGAUCCGUUUAGACAUCUUUACAUUAACAUACUUGAAAGAAAAUGUCAACUUGCACAUAUUUGAGUUUCAUACCAUCUUCUAAAUCUACUACACAUUGGGCCCUUAUCUUAUUUCUUGUACUUCACUUGAAAAUUAAAGAACAGAUUGUAAGGCAGAAGAAAAAAACAAUGUUUUUUUGUUUAAAAAAACCCCAACUUUACUGUUUAUUAAAGUGCAACCUUGGGGCAUGGUCUUACAGCAGGCAAGAUCAUGUUUGAGGAGAGCAAGGACUGGAGACGGAUGCACAUACCCUCACAAAUGAAAAACUCCUUUCAAAAUAGGGAGCAUAAAAACCAAACAGUACAAGAGGUUCUGGACUAAAGUUCUCUAUUCAAUGGGAAAAUCAGGCCUCAGAACAUGCGAUUUUUUUUUUCAACUUGAUGUCCUUUUAUUGAGUCAGGGAGACCACAGGCAAUUAAAAGGUGUGGUGGGAUUUAAGGGCCCAAGUCAACCACAGUCUCCAAAAUCAGGUAACUCCAUGCAUUUUUUUCUUUCCAAGAAGUCAGAGCUUUAAUAAAAAUGUUAGCCUGAUGGGAUACCAGAGGCUACUGCAUACAUCCCAUGGGGAAAUAGGUUAAUAAUCGUACGUAUUCAUUUUCCUCCCGUAUCCCUCAGCUGAUCUUGCCCAAGAAGCUAUAUCUAAAGAAAACAGGCUUUCUAGGCAUAAAAGAUGAAAGAACAGUUAGAUUUUUAAAAAUUCCAACGCUUGAGGUGGUUCCCUUUCUUAGGGACACAGAAUGCAAGUGAUACCAAAAUAAGUCAUUUCGGAAGUGCCAGAAUAAACCAGGGAGAGCUUACAUUUAGAGUGCAACAGGGACGCCUGGGUGGCUCAGUCGUUAAGCGUCUGCCUUCAGCUCAGGUCAUGAUCCCAGGGUCCUGGGAUCGAGCCCCGCAUCGGGCUCCCUCCUCGGCAGGAAGCCUGCUUCUCCCUCUCCCACUCCCCCUGCUUGUGUUCCCUCUCUCACUGUCUCCCUCUCUGUCAAAUAAAUAAAAUCUUAAAAAACAAAAAA